ACAUACGCCAUUUUUGUGUGCUGAGCUUGACAGGUUCCUUCAAAUCGUGCCGGUAUUAAAGAGUUUUUAAGGAUUAUCUGCUAAUUUUAUAUCUAUUAGUUAAUUCAACGAUAUCCUAUUAUAUUUAUCAAACAAAAUCUGCAUUUAGGUCAGAAAUCAGACGAGAAUUGAAGUUAGUAUUAAACAUUUCAUUAUUUGUGUUCUAAAUCAAAACAAAUUUCAAAUGAAUUACGUUCGAUUUUUACUAUAGCGUCAUUAAUUAUAUAUAAAGGAAAAUGUUAUAAUUGCAAAACUCAUUGUAAAAAUUGUAAAGUCUCUUGAUCUGAAAUUAUUAUAACAGGGGCAAACUCAAAUUUGUUUGUUUUUUUUGUAUGGAUAUUCUCGAUAUUACUUAGUAUAGCAAAUAGUGACUUUAAUAAUUUUUCUUACAGUACAAUUAAGAAAAUGGUUUUAGAGACCGCUCAUGCGGUUCUGAGACUACUGGGCUUUUGCUUCUUGGAUUGGAUAUUUUUUAUGCUCAUUGACAAUGCGGUUAAAUUUAGUCUCCGGAAAAAUGUUUUUAGUCGAGAAGUUAUUUGGGCUUCAGAAUCAGUUGUGUUUGUAACUGUUGCAUAUAACUUGCAAUAUUCUCACACAUUUAUGAGCCAUACCCCAUAUCUUUUAUAUAUUGCUGCUCUCAUAGAAUUUGGUAUCACCUUAUACUCUUCUAGGUUUUAUGCUAGAAAUUUGUUAUCUUUUAUUGGAAAUCGUUGGGAAGAAUACGAACAACACGAAGAAAGUAGAGAAAAUCAACAGCGCUUAUUUGAAGCAACAAGACAUACUCAAACACUCAAUCAGACAUCAACAAUUCAACGUUCAAUAAGUUGUGCUGAAGUACCAUUGGUGAACCAACAAAAAUCUCAAUAUAGCUAUUCACCAAAGACAAAUUUUACAAUGCAAUCAGGAUUUGAUUUUUCAGUUCGUCGACCUAUUCAACAAAGUGAGCCAUCUUUUCUUCCAGUAAGGAAUCUACAAGAAAGUAAUUUUCCACCUCCUGGCAUAUGUAAUUCAGGCAACAUGUGCUUCCUAAAUAGCAUUGUGCAAGUACUUGCACAUACUCCUAAAUUAGUUGAGAACUUAAGCCGAACUAACGACUCUGGAUCAAACUUUUUGAAAUCAUUUAAGGAUGCAUGCUUUCAAUUGAGAUAUAACAGAAAUGCUAAGAGUUAUGUUGAGCUCAAUCAGUUGAAAAACUUUAUUCGGUGUAAGGACCCAAGCAAAGAAUUUUUAAACUCAGAUUCAAUCCAACAAGAACAGCAUGAUGCCAGUGAACUUUUUCUCUGGCUUUUAGACUCUUUACAUACUGAUUUACUUUCAACUGACAAUACACUUAAUGGAGCUCUCUGUGGAAGACAACCUCAGAAUUCUUUGGAGGCUUUAAAGUUUAUUUAUGGUGACAUGACGGUGAAGGACAUGGAGGAAGUUAGAGAUACAAGUUACACAGAAAUAGGCAAGUCAAGGAAUAUUGAGUCGGAUGCAUUUGUCGAAGCUGUUCAAAGAUUAUCUGACAUUGAGUGGUUAGCUUACAAAUCGAAGAACUGUACAGCAAUUGACGAGCUAUUUACGGGGCAGCAGUUAUUUAUUUCCCAAUGUGCCAAAUGUUAUAAGCCUUCAGUGAAGGUUGUUCAACCAUUUAGGGUUUUAAUGUUACCAGUCAGUGAAUGCCAAAUAAAUCACAUUAGCGGAGUUCUUCAUUUGAAUGACUGUUUUCAAAAGUUUGCGGCAAGCGAAAGCGUUCAAGAUGCAGUUUCAUGCAAAUCAUGCUUGAACACUACGCUCAACGGUGCAGAUUUGAUGGGAACAUCAACACCAGUUUAUCGGCGUAGACUACCGACUGAUGCAUCGCCUAUACUAUCUUGGAAUGACGAGAGAGUGCCAGCAGAAGAAGGUACAACUCCCUUUAAAACUUCUACACCGGUUAGAGGACUGUCAUCAUCAGACUAUUUUUUAAGAGCCUAUUUGCGACAACUCCCACCUUGCAUUGCCAUUCAGCUCCUACGGUAUCGUUGUACAGAAGAACAUAUAUGCAGAAAAAUUGAUACACCGAUUAAUAUACCACUAAGGAAUUUGAAUUUAACAAAGCUACUUAUUGGAAACUGCACAAUUUCACCUAAAGUUGAAACAGUUUUUCCAAGUGCUAUUGACUUAUUAUAUGAUUUGUAUGCAGUUUGUGUUCAUUUUGGUUCAAAUUGCAGCAGUGGACACUAUGUCACUUAUGCUUUAGGUCCAGAUGAACUGUGGUAUAAAUUUGAUGAUGACAAAGUGACUCGUAUUACUGGAAUGGACUAUGAAUUAACCAAGCGACAAAUAAAGGAAAAUGUUUAUUUACUUUUCUACAAACGCCGUAUUUGUUGA